UAUCUGAGGGCGUCUGGGCGGGGGCCACUCACCUUUCUAACUUUCUUCAUCCAUCCCUUAAGUAAGGUAACUUUGUAUUACAAGGAGAAAAGAAUUAUGUUCUUAUGCGAAGAGAGAUACAGUUCACUGGGCUCAAUCAACUCCAGAGAAACAGAACAGAUGGAUUCCGCUGUUUGUGAUGAAAGUAUGGAUUAUGAGGCUGAGGUAAAAGGAAAUGGUCUACAUCUCAGGCCAGUUUCCGCAGGAGAAUCAGGUGAAGGGCUUCCAUACGCUCCUAUAGAUUGGCCUAACCCUGGUGAUAACUGGACUUGGAAGGUAGGAAAAAGGAAAUCAGUUCGUGGCUUCUGGGGUGAUAGGUACUUGUAUCUUCCAAUCAGGCUUCAGACGUCCUUGCGUAAGAGACGAUGUUUCGCGAGCAAGCAUUCAGUUGAACAAUAUAUCCGGAUGGAAUUCCCUGAUAAGGAUGUCAAUGCUUUCUUUUCCUCUUUUAGCUGGAAGAUCCCUGCAGAAAAGUAUCAAGCAAAAGACCAGAUUACUUUGGAAGUUAUGCUUCCUGUGGAAGACAUUGCUGUACAUUCUGAGACUGAGUCACAGCCUGGGAGUAUGGAUUGUAAGGCUAGAAAUAAGAUGUGCGAUCUCCAAAUACUAGCGGGGACCUGUUCUCUUCCAGCCAUGGAUUGUAAUAUAUGUUGCAGUGAACCUGAUUUUUGUCGUGACUGUUGUUGUAUACUUUGCUGUAAGACUAUUGAUUGGACAUAUGGAGGUUAUAGUUUUAUUAGAUGCGAAGCAAAGGUGGAUGAUAACUAUAUUUGUGGGCAUGUUGCACACAUAGAAUGUGCUCUUCGUUCAUACAUGGCUGGGACCGUUGGAGGAAGAAUUGGAUUAGAUGUUGAAUAUUAUUGCAGACGUUGUGAUAGGAGGACAGAUCUCAUUUCACAUGUUACAAGGCUUCUACAGACCUGUGAAUCUCUCAAUGCUUGGGAGAAGAUUGUGAAGAUUUUGAACCUAGGUUUGUGCAUUUUACGAGGCUCACAAAGAAAAAGCGCAAAGAAGUUGCUGAAUCGUAUGGAGUUGGCUAGGAGAAAGCUUAAACAUGGUACUGCUCUUGAAGAAAUUUGGAAAGAAGAUGAUACAUCUGCUGUUUCCGCAGGGACUGUGGAGGUCGCAGCUGAUCAAGAUGCACCGGAUUUCACAACAGGCUCAGAGUUCCCCCUUGAUCUCAAUAGCAUACAGAAUAAUUCUCAACAACCCCUGUACAUAACUUCAGAUCACCGGAUUGCAACUUUGAAACUUGAAGAUGAGAUUGACGAGGUCCUCCAAUCGUUGAAGAAAUCUCAGGAAACAGAAUAUAGAAUUGCUAAGGAGAGGCUUUAUGCUAAAAAAAGUUUCCUUCUUAGCCUGUAUGAACAGCUCGACAUGGAGAGAUCUGAACUGGCUAAACAAUCAUCAACUACUGAAGGUAACUCUGAAGCUUUACUUGCAAAUGUCUUGAACAGAGUGAAACAAAUAAACAGAGAGUCUGCAAGACUCAGAGAGAUGGAGGAAGUAGCCAAGGGAUUUGGAAGAGUUCCUAAAACUAUUCUAACCGAGCACUUUGGUUUAGAAAUUGAAGAUUGAAAAAUCUAUGAGACAUUCUCCAAAUUCUCCAUUCAUGCCAAGCACUUACCAUCUAUAUGAGUUAAACUUGCCAUUCCAUGGUGGUAUUUUGGGGAGUAAUGCCAGAAGAGACUGGAUCUGCAUGCGCAACGAUGAGAGUUCGAUCGAGUUGAACCAAUGAAACUGAAAAUUUAAUUAAAUAAUUAGAUUGUUUUGU